CAAAUUAUAUCAUAUAAUAUUACAAGUGUUGAAAAAUCUCUUUAAAACCAUGGAAAAUAAAGCAAAGACAACGGUGGAACUUUUGGCGGCGGCAAUUGUGAUGGGACUAUUGGUUCAAGUAACUGUGGCACACCCAUGUGGUAGCACAUUUUUCUCAGCUUUGGUGCAACUGAUACCCUGCCGUGCAUCAGUUGCACCAUUUAGCCCAAUUCCGCCAAAUGAGGCUUGUUGUAACGCGAUCAAGGUUCUUGGUCAACCUUGUUUGUGUGUUUUGGUCAAUGGCCCUCCAAUUUCUGGUGUCGAUCGUAGCAUGGCCAUGCAACUACCCGAGAAAUGCAGUGUCAAUUUCGAACCAUGUGAACUUGUGAAGAAGAAAGAGUGACGAUCGAGUGACCUCUGAGUCUCUCGACUGUUGAUUCAUGAAUAUCCAAGAGAAUAAACAAGUUUGUUAAGUGUGUUGAAAUUUAAGGCGUUUAGUCUUACAUAGAUCCUAGGUUUUCAUGUUUUGUCAUUUGAUAUUAGUUAAUGUUCUUGCAAUAGAACAUUUCAUGGGUUAAUGUUAUAUUAUCAUGGACUCUAAUGAAGUUUUCGA